AUGCCAGCUAUGCAGGGGUUGGAACUGAGUCCGGAUCGGGAUCGCGGCCGGGAUCUUUAUGUGGAGCUGUAUCUGUUUGUGGCUGAAAAUAGCGACGCAUCCAACACCAUCUGUUGCGAUCCAGUGUGCCUGAAGGGCAUAGGCAGGGCCUGUCGAAGUGCCCAAGUGGAUCUGGAUCUGGGCAUGGCUCUGGGUCUGGGUCUGUCUAUGGGUCCCGGGGCUGGCCUGUCCAUCAUCAUCGAUUGCGGAGCCCUGGGUUCCGAGUGUCGAUUGUUGUUCUGGGGGCCAAUCAGUCAGCGAGGCACUCAGCGGAGCGCACCUUAUCGCAAUCCCCGCGGACGCAAGGACAUGGACAUGUCAUUAGCCAGGCUUCGGUUCAGUUGCUCCUCGGCGAUGGCCGGGCCAAGAGUGGAGAGCUGGUCGCGAUUCCUGCUCUUGUGGCUAUAUCGUUUUGCUAGGGGUCUGUCGCUGCUCUCCUCGAACCUGGACAGGGAGAAGCUGCAGCUGAAGUCCCCAAGGCAGGGCAGCAGCAAUCGCAUCCUCAGCAUCCUGUGGCGCUGUCUGGUGGUUCUGAUUUACACAGGAGUCUUGCCCUUGCUAACCGCAUCUACCGUUGGCAAACGACUGGAGAGCUAUGCGGAUCUGUUUGCCGCGGUUCAGGCCAUUUCGGUUUCCAUUCUGGCCGUCAUAUCCUUUAUCAUCCAGGCCAAGGGAGAGAGCGAAUUCCGGGAGGUGCUAAAUAGAUACUUAUCCCUUUACCAGAGGAUAUGCCGGACUACGCGUUUGCAGCAGCUGUUCCCACCGAAAUUUGUGGUUUUCUUUUUGCUAAAACUCUUUUUCACCCUAUGCGGUUGCUUCCACGAACUGAUACCUCUGCUGCAACUCGAACACUUUGAAAAUACGGGCAGGAUAGUGGCUGUAGUGUUCGGUAUCUACAUGUGGCUGGGGACGCUUUUCGUGUUGGACGCCUGCUUUCUGGGAUUUUUGGUCUCUGGGAUCCUGUACGAGCAUAUGGCUGCGAAUAUUAUGGCCAUGCUGAAGCGCAUGGAGCCCAUAGAGUCGCCGGAGGAAGGAAGUCGCUUGACCCACUACCGGCGGAUGCGCCUCCUGUGCGACUUUGCGGAUGAGUUGGACGAAUGCGCCGCCAUCUACAGUGAACUCUACGAGGUGACCAUCUCCUUUCGCCGGAUGUUGCAGUGGCAGAUCCUCUUCUAUGUCUACUACAACUUUAUUAAUAUUUGCCUAAUGCUGUACGAGUACAUUCUGCACUAUCUGAACGAUGAUGAAGUGGCCCUGGUUUCCUUGGUCAUGGCCUCUGUGAAGUUGGCUAACCUGGUGUUGCUCAUAAUGUGUGCAGAUUAUACGGUGAGCGAGUCGCGGAAACCACAGAGAUUGCCCCUGGAGAUAGUCUGCAGCGAUAUGGACGAGCGCUGGGAUAAGAGUGUUGAAACUUUUCUCGGCCAGCUGCAAACCCAAAGACUGGAGAUCAAAGUACUGGGCUUUUUUCAUCUAAACAAUGAGUUCAUCCUGCUCAUCCUAUCUGCCAUUAUAUCGUACCUUUUUAUCCUUCUCCAGUUUGGCAUUACAGGUGGCUUUGAGGCAUCCGAGGAUAUUAAAAAUCAAUUUGAUUAAUCUCGUCUUGUUGUUAAAAAUAGUAAAUAUGUUAAUUAUUCCUAACUUUCCCAACACCCUCACCUAGGAACUAUGUAUCUCUGCUCACCUUUUAGUUAACCCCUGCCUUCGGAGUUCACCUGAACCGCCCUGAGUUCAUUAUCGUUCAUUAUAUCUCAUACCACAAGACAUUCUGAUACAAUUUUCGGAGUGCCUCUGAGAUGAGCUCGUUAAGCGACCAACAAAAAAUUAAAGAAAUGGGAAUGAGCAACGAAAAAAUUGAAAUUUCACGUCUGACACGGUGUAAUUAUCAUAGCUCCUCCACCUCCUGUACGCCCGCUACUCAAAUCCCACACCCAUUACUCCCACUACACUGAAAGAAAUAUUAUACUACAAAGAAUUUCAGAAGUUUGUGAAAAAAUUAAAUGUUAGUUUUGCACAUACCUUGUAUUUAUAUGAUCUUUAGAAAGUUUUUAUGAUUCCGAAAAAUGGUAUGGUAUCAAAUAAUAA